AUGAGGGCCCAGAGCCUCCUCCUCCUGGUGGCCCUCCUGGCUUUGGGGAACCAGCUGCCUACUGCCUCUGGCAGGAAGAAGGGAGAGAAAUCUGGGGGAUGUCCACCAGAUGAUGGGCCCUGCCUCCUCUCCGUGCCUGACCAGUGUGUGGAUGACAGCCAGUGUCCCUCAAGGAUGAAGUGCUGUCGCAAAGGCUGCUUCCGCCAGUGUGUCCGUAGGGUCGCAGUAAAGCUCGGCACCUGUCCCGAGGACCGACUGCACUGCCUCAGCCCCAUUCAGCAUCUGUGCCACACGGACUCAGACUGCAGGGGCAGCAGCCGGUGUUGCCUUGGCGCCUGCGGCCGGGACUGCCGACACCCUGUCAGAGGUAUGGGCUCCUGGGUGCCGAGUCAGGCUAAUUCUGAUUUAGGAUCCACGGCUCUGAACCUUAGGAUGGGGCUCCCAGCAGGAAGAGAUGAUGAUGCGGUGCCUGGGACCCUGCCAUCCAGACAGCACCAUCUCUGCCAGUAGCAGUUCCAACCUUCUGACAAACACAGACCUGCUGUCACUUCCCUGCAGCCCUCCCACCCCUGGUUUUUCCUCCUGGGAGUCAAGGGUCAUAGUCAGACCUCAGAGGACCCCUCUCUGUACCACUGCCGCUCUGAGCUUCUCAUCCUUCCUGACACCCACUUUUACAUCUCUUUGUACAUGUGUUUCUUUCAACUAAAGUGCCUAGUUCAGAUCAUGGUGCAACUAGAACAGCUAUCUGAUGCCUUUGAGGAUUGUAUUGGGUGUGUUUUCAGAAGGAAAUCUCGAGAUGAAGAUUCAUAG